AUGACGCACAAGAAGGCGCGGCACUGGUGGCCACCAUUCGCGCUCCGCCGUUACGCCGGCGGCUUCUGGUUGCCCGAGGUCACAGCGAAGGAGGGCUUGCCAGCCGUCCAUUCCUGCUUCGUGCCAAGGCCCACCGACGUGAUCCUCGCGAGCUUCCCCAAGUCCGGCACCACCUGGCUCAAGGCGCUCGCCUUCGCGACGCUGAAGCGUUCCACGCACCCGCAGUCCGACUGCGACCACCCGCUGCGCCAUCGCAGCCCCCACGAGUGCGUCCGGUUCCUCGAGAUCGAACUCAACGACAGGAACAAGGACGAGUUCGAGGCGCUCCCGUCCCCGCGCGUGCUCGCUACGCAUCUUCCCUAUUCCCUGCUGCCCGGCAGCAUCACCGAGGACGGGGAGCGCUUGGGGUGCCGGAUCGUGUAUGUCUGCCGGGAACCCAAGGACGCGCUGGUCUCCUACUGGCUGUUCACGAGGAAGGCGGUGUCAGCGAGGGGAGUCGACGCCCGGUCGUUCACAAUCCAGGAAGCGUUGGAGCUGUUCUGCGACGGCCGAUGUCCGGGCAGCCCGCAGUGGCAGCAUGUCCUCCAGUACUGGGAAGAGAGCGUGAGGAGGCCUGACAAGGUGCUGUUUAGGUACGAGGAGAAGCUGCUUGAGCCUGAGGCGCACGUGAGGAAGCUAGCGAAGUUCAUGGGCUGCGAAUUUUCCGAGGAAGAGGAGGAGGGCGGGCUGGUGAGCGCCAUCGUGGAGCUGUGUAGCCUGGGGAAGCUGAGGGACAUGGAGGUGAACAGAAAUGGAAGCACUAGGUUAGGGACCAAGAACUAA